AUGUUCAGCGGAGGCACCGAUACGAGUGCUAUGACAAUCGAAUGGGCAAUGACAAAACUAAUGAGAAACCCUAACGUGAUGGAGAAAGCACAAAAAGAAGUGAGAGAAGCAUUCAAGGGAAAGAACAAAAUCACCGAGGGAGACUUACAAGACUUGGUUUACCUCAAAUACAUUAUCAAAGAAACUCUAAGGCUUCACCCUCCUGCUCCUUUGUUGCUUCCAAGGGAAUGUAGAGAGCAUUGUCAAAUCGAUGGUUAUGAUAUACCAGUGAAAACGAAAGUGAUUGUCAACGCUUUUGCAUGUGCAGUUGAUCCUGAAUAUUGGCAUGAUGCAGAAAGUUUCAAACCAGAGAGAUUCGACAGCUCUUCUGUUGAUUUCAUGGGUACAAACUUUGAGUUCGUCCCAUUUGGAUCAGGGAGGAGGAUGUGUCCUGGUAUUAAUUUUGCUUUGAUUUCCAUCGAAUCUGCUCUUGCUCAAAUGCUAUACUAUUUUAAUUGGCAACUUCCUUCUUCUAAAUCAAGCCCUACAAGUAUUGACAUGACAGAGAGCGAUGGAGGCACUGCAGUAAAGAAAAUCCCAUUGCUUGUAACUCCAACUCUCUAUUCUUCAUUUUGA